AUGGUCAAAGAUGAAACUGUCCUUCAUAAUAUUCCAUACAUGGGUGAUGAGAUCCUUGAUCAAGAUGGGACCUUUAUCGAAAAAUUAAUAAAAAAUUAUGAUGAUAAAGUACAUGGGGAGCGUGAGUCAGGAUUUAUGGAUCACUCUAUUUUUGUGGAUCUUGUAAAGGCGUUAGUUUCCUAUGAAAAGGAUGACAAAGAAAAAGAUACAAAUCCUACAAAGAAUUUCAAAGAAUCAAAAGACGAAGAUGAAAAAGAAGAUUCUUACAGUACAACUUUUUUAUAG